UAUGCAGCCCCUUCUCAAUCUUUCGUCUCACCACGAACAGGGGGCAGGGGGCACGGGGUACGGGAAUGAUAGUUCCCCCACAUUACGGCUGGCAACCCCUCCAUUCUUCCGUUCCGCGUUUCGGAGCUGCUCGGAGUGCUCAGUGCUCAGUCGGUUAGGAUUCAGUUCGUGCCGUUCGUGCCUUCGUGGCAGUUCGUGGUGCGUCACUCUCUCAGAUGAGGUGUUGUGUCUCGAGUGCGCGGAGAGACUCGCAGUGUUUCGCUCCUGAACUCGCGAGUGAGCGAGGAUGAUGCGCGCGCUCUAAACCAAGAGUGUAUCAGUGGUAAAGAACGCGUGUGUGCAUGCGUGCGUGCGUGUGUCGUACGUCGUGCACGCGAGUGUUUCCUUCUCCGCUUUCAGUCGGUGUGUAUCGUAUACUACGCCGUGUGUGUCCGUCGUCUGGUCUUAAUAUCGCCGUGGUUUCUGUUCUCGCACUUCUACGGCCGCUCUCAUACACACGCACAAACACACAACACACAACACACACACACACACACACAAUCACACUCGUACAUACGGACACACGGACGGGUGCGCGUGCGAGUGAGCACGUACAUACACGCACGUAACACGUACACGGGAACAACACGACGUGGAGGCAUGACAGCGACGCGGGAGUGUUACCCCAUACGGUUCUUCUCGGUGCACAUCGAUCGGUUCAACCAGUGAUCUUGUGAGAGAGGCGAGAAGACCAGCCGGCUUGGCUGCGCCCAACGUCACGCGCGCACACCGAGAAGCAACCUCCUCGUGUCAAGCGUAAGGACGACGAAGACGAAUACGAGGACGAAGACAAGGACGAGGACGAAGACGACAACGACGGCAACGGUAACGGUGAGAAGGAGGAGAAGGAGAAAGAGAAGGGGAAAGGGAACACCGACGAUCGAAAGAGCAAGUGAUAAAAAGGACAGGGUGAAGACAAAGAGAGAGAAAGAGAGAGACAUAGGAAGACAUAGACGAGCGAAAGAAAAAGACAGAUAGAGAAUGAAUGGCCCCGGGAGUCAUCAGCACCGUGGCUUGGGUAUGCAGGGACGUUACAGAGCUGUGGUGGCCAAUGGCGCCCCGUCAGGACCGCACGUGCGCACCCCUACAUCGUCUCAUCCCCGAAACGGUGGAUGGCAUCCUCAUAAUCUGCAUCAGCAGCAUCAACCUCAACAGCAGCAACAGCAGCAGCAGCAGCAGCAGCAGCAGCAAUUCGCCGCCGGCAGCAAGGAAUACCCGUACCGGCAGUGCCCGCCACGAUAUCACAAUGGGGAUUGCCCCGGGGUCGGCACGUCCUCCGGGCCGACCGGCAAGGAGGUUUCCUAUCACGGGAACGUGGGUGGAACCAGCGUGGGAUAUAAGCCGCCACCGCAGCACAGCCCACAGACAAGGGGUCCACCGCCGCACUUUCCCCAGGAGCCGGUAGGUCCGCCAGCCAACUCCCCACCGUUGCACAUCAAUAUCUGUGGACAGGACAAUACAAUGCGUGGCCCUAUAUUGAACAUAAGUCCUGGCCUCGGAGCUAGCGGAGUAGACAUGGAGUAUCGCAGGAAUUCUCAAGCCACAAAUCAGCUACCUCUGAGCCCCGUGCAGAUUCAACCGUCGCCGCCUUACUACAGACAGCCUAGUCAGGAUGAUGGUAGAAAAAGCGAAUCGCCAUCGAGGAAACGUCGCCGAAUAUCUCGUAACGGUGCCGUAUCUGGAAUAGAAGUUCGGGAAACGACACCUCCAGCACCGACGCCACCCUUGCACACAACUCCGCCGCCUUGGGAAUUCGGGGGUGCGCCACAACGACGCUCGCCUCGCAAUCAUAUAUCCACUCGCGGCAGUCCAACGGUUAGGAAUCGUUAUCAGCGAUACACGGAAUCAUUAGGUUUCUCUUAUCCGUUUCUGCCAGGACACAAUCCUCAUCAGAACAUUCACAAUUCCCAUCAUGGCCUUCACAAUUCGCACCACAAUAUCCACGGUUCCCAUCCUCAUAGUUUACACAAUUCCCACCACAACAUCCACAAUGCACAUCAGGCACAUCCUCAUCCACACCCGGCGGCUGGUGGUACUGGACAUCAUCCCACGCAGGGUGCAAACGCACCCGUGGUCGUCGACGUAGGUCAAGUCGGCGUGUCUGGCUUAGGAGUCGCCGUUAGUGGAGAGCCACUGUGGCAUCCACAAGCGACUGGUUACAGAAUUCCAUGUCAGCUUCACAGUCUAUACACACCUCACGGAACGCAUCCGUUCGGACACUCGUGCCAGGUGACGCAUCAUCACAGUCAUUAUUCCGCUGCUCAUCCAACACAUCCAAAUCACGGAAUUGUUAGUUCUUUGGUGGGUGCUGCUCCUAGAGGAUACGCGCCACCUGCUGGUGGUGUCGCAGGGCUACAUACUGCAGGUCCACCGCCCGUCCACACUGAUUAUACCACGCAUCAUCAAUUGUCUCAGCAGAGAGAAGUUGAGCUCGAAUUGAUAGAGUCUCAUCAUCACCAUAGAGUGGGUGCCGCAGCUGGUGCACCAUUGCCGUUACCACAUUCGUAUUCUCCACCAGCUCUUACGCAGGUGACGACACCGCCACCCUUAUUCUUAUCGGAAACGCGAAACAGUCAAUUGGAAAUUGUACAGAAUAGAACUCGACGAUUAACAUCCAACGUCUUGCGACGGCCGAGAUUCGGUAGAUGGAGGAAUACAACGCAAUUACCUAUGGCUUAUCCGGGAUAUUUAUUACACUUCUUAGCGAUGUUUAGCAAUCCACCAUUGUCCCCCUACAAUCAGGCUGAAUUGUCUUCACCCGAUUCGGUCACGGAGAACUAUGAGGCGUUACUAUCCUUAGCUGAAAGACUGGGCGAAGCUAAGCCGCGGGGUUUGACACGCGCGGAAGUCGAACAGCUGCCCUCUUACAAAUUCAAUGCAGAGACACAUCAGGGCGAUCAAACCAAUUGUGUCGUGUGUAUGUGUGAUUUCGAAGCGCUUCAAUCUCUACGUGUUCUGCCGUGUUCUCAUGAAUUUCAUUCUAAGUGCAUCGAUAAAUGGCUUAAGUCUAACCGAACGUGUCCAAUAUGUCGCGGCGAUGCCGGAGAAUAUUUCGGCAAUAGCAGCAGUUCUGACUGACGUCAAGUCGGCGAUGUACAUUAGCGCGAAACGUUGCAGCCAUCAAGAACGUUAUUAUUACGCGUUACGGAGAUGCCAGUCGCCGCAUUGCUGUUAUUUUACACAAAUCCAUGCCAUUAAACAUCCGCGUCAUCUUAUCCGAGAUGUGCCGCCGAUGUAAGGUGUUCAUCGUUGGUGAUCAACGAUAAAUCAUCUUUCAACUGUUAAAAAUAACGAUGCUGAAAAGUGACGAGAAUAAUUGUACGAUCUUGUACUGGAAUGCAUAAGCUAAGAUAUCAAGUUCGAGGAACGAUGCAGCAUCUUUUCGUCUUGUGUUUAAGAGAAAUAGCGAGACGCAAUAAAAGCAAUUUAGUAAAACGACGAAGUAGUCAAGAGAUUCAACGUUCCGUUAGAUUACGGCGCAUUUCCUAUCAAAAAGAACAAGCGGAGUAGGAUAUUACUUGGUUCUUGUUUAUAAUGCUUCAAUUAAUAUUUUAACGCUCAU